CGUAGGGAAGAGAACAGGCAGACCGUGAUGAUCUCGGGUGCAGAUACUCCUCCAGGAGCAGUUAUGGCAUCCAAAGGGAUCAAAGGCAGCCAUCACCAGAUGCCACCGAAACCUGGAGCUCUUUCCCUAAGCAGCGGGAAAUCCAACUCCUCAUUCAAAACUAAACCACCAUUUGACGGCAUGAAGUGUACCCAUUGCGGCAACUCUAAACACACCCGUGACACCUGCUUCAAACUGCAUGGAUAUCUAGAUUGGUGGAAUGACCUUCAAGCACGGAAAAAACGGGAAAUCAUUGCUAAUGAUAACCACACUGGGAGAGCUGCUGUGGUUACCUGUGAUGCUUCGUUAUCCCUCAUUCCUCAAGCCGAAUCUUCACAUGAUUCAGGAUAUUCUCACCAAGGAGAUAAUUAGGCGUGGUACUAAGAGGGGGGGUUAUACUACGUGGAUGCCUUCAGUUCGGGAAGAGCAAAUCACAUGCGCCACAAGGUUGGUAACAAGGAAAGGCAGAUUUGGUUAUGGCAUCAUCGACUUGGGCAUCCAUCAUUUGGGUAUUUGAAGCACUUAUUACCUGGGUUAUUUUCAAAUGUAACACAUUUAGAUUUUAAAUGUGAUACUUGUAUCUUAGCCAAAAGUCAUAGGGCUUCUUAUCCCAUGA